GGAAAAAUUUAUAUUUUUGGUGGAGCUGCUAAUUUUUUAGUAGGUGCACAAACCAGAACGUUUUUUAGCGAUAUGAUAACUUUUGAUAUCGCUGAUUCAUCAUGGUCAAUUAAUACUGCGGUUAAUGGACGUGCUACAUAUUCAGCGACAUUAUUAUCAAAUGGUAUUAUUGUGUAUGUAGGAGGACUUGAACCUUUUAAUGGAAAUAACGAUGUAGUCCUAAUAGCAGAUAUUUCAAAAAUUCUUCUUUUUGAUACAAAUUCUUUAACAUGGUCAAUGAACUCAGCAAGAAUUACAGCUUCAAUACCAGUCGAAAAUCGUCAGAGGCAUUCAGCAGUAUUAGGCCACACAAAUUCGAAUUUUCGGUUCACUUCACCCGGCCGGGUCACUUUUUCAAAUUUCAAUAAAAAAAAGUUUAUAUAUAAAAAAUUUAUCAUGUGAUCAGAACGUAAUUUUAUUGGCGGGUAAGUUUAUCACGCGGCUGAGAACUUCUAGAGCGAAAAUAAAUUCCUCCCUUUUAAAAGUCAACCAAUCAAAUGUCACAAUUUUAUAUAUAAACUUUUUUUACUAAUAAACAAUAAACCCCGGGUCCCCGGGUCGAUUUUAAAUUUCAAUGUUACGUGAACCGAAAAAUUGAAUUUGUGUGGCAUUUUUUUUUAAAAAAAAAAAAAUUAAAAGCUCCAAAUGAUCAAAUUAUUAUUU